GACCCUGCCCACGAUAUGCUGCCGAUUGUGCAAUUUUUUUUUUUACUAAGUCUAAAUGCAGAUUGUGCUCCACAGACGAAGAAAAAAUGCUCUUGUGGUUGGUCCUCGCAGCCUUUGCGGUUGGCCUAUUUUUUCGCUUCCCUUACUUCUACCAGGAUGUCAAAUUUAUCGUGACAAGUCUGCGAUUACAACGCAAAGUUUUGCACUACACACAGACCAACUACACUCUCGUGGACCGUUUUUUGGAGCGAGCGAAGAAGCAUCCGCACAAGCCGCUCCUCCUCUUCAAAGAUGAGACGUUCACGUACCAGGAGGCCGACCGACUCAGCACCCAGGCCGCCAGGUUGCUGCUGCAAAGUGGUCAAGUUAAGCCAGGCGACACGGUGACUUUGUUCGUGGCCAAUGAGCCCAUGUUCGUGUGGCUCUGGUUGGCUCUGUUCAAGCUUGGAUGUUCGGUGGCGCUCCUCAACACCAACAUCAGGUCCAAGUCUCUGCUGCAUUGCUUCAAAUGCAGCGGCGCUCAAGUUCUGCUGGUGGCUCAAGACUUGCAGGCUGCCGUGAUGGAGGUUCUCCCAGAGCUUCUGGAGCAACAGGUGAAGGUGUUCUUCUUGGGGAACACACAAACAAAUUCAGACAUGCACGGCUUCGCAGACAAGAUGACAAAUAUGUCCUGUGAACCCCUCGCCAAAGAUUUAAGAUCGCAUUUGAACAUGCACAGUCCUGCCUUCUAUGUGUAUACAUCAGGGACGACAGGUCUUCCUAAGGCAGCUGUGCUAACUCACAACAAACUGUGGCGCAUGGCUAUGGUUCUGAGCUCAUGCAACUUGAAAUCAGAUGAUGUGCUAUAUAUCAGCCUCCCUCUCUACCACACAUCAGGACUUGUUGGAUUCGCGGGUGCCAUUGAGUUAGGUAUCACAGUUGCGCUAAAGAGUAAAUUCUCUUCAUCUCAGUUCUGGGAUGACUGCAGGAAAUACAACGUGACUGCCAUACAGUAUAUUGGUGAAGUUAUGCGGUUUCUAUGUAACACACCAAAAAAACCCAACGACCGAAUCCACAAUGUAAGACUUGCGAUCGGCAAUGGCAUCCGAGCCAACGUUUGGAGAGAUUUUUUAAACCGCUUUGGAAACAUUCAAAUCCUGGAGCUUUACGGAGCAACGGAGGGUAACAUUAUUUUCAUGAAUUACUGCGGAAAGAUCGGCGCUGUGGGACGAGCCAACUUCUUGUUUCGAUGGCGUUAUCCCUUUGCACUGAUCAAAUAUGAUGUGGAAGAGGAGCAACCUCUGAGGGAUUCAUCGGGUCUCUGCAUCCAGGUUCCUGAAGGUGAGCCUGGCCUUCUGGUGUCUAAGAUAUCUGCAAACACGCCAUUCUUGGGCUACGCAAGAGACCUGCAGCAGACCGAGAAGAAGAAGCUGCACGACGUCUUAAAGAAAGGCGAUGUCUACUUUAACACCGGCGACUUGAUGCUCUUCGACAAAGACGGCUUCAUUUACUUUCAAGACCGCAUCGGCGACACUUUCAGGUGGAAGGGAGAGAACGUGUCCACUAAUGAAGUGGCUGAUGUCAUCACUCAGGCUGACUGCAUCACUGAGGCCACCGUGUAUGGUGUGGAAGUGCCAGGCAACGAGGGCAGAGUAGGCAUGGCGGCCGUAGUUCUACGAGACGGAUGUACGUUGGAUUCUGAAGGCAUCUUCAAGCAUCUUGAAAGCUUCCUGCCGACCUACGCCAGGCCACGUUUUAUAAGGAUUCAGAGCUCCUUAGAUGUCACGGGAACAUUCAAGCUGAUGAAGACCAGGUUGGUUAGGGAAGGCUUUGACCCCUCUGCUAUCAAUGAUCCACUCUAUUUCUUGGAUGACAAGGAGAAGAAAUAUGUCCCACUUACAAUGGAUAUAGUCAAUGCAGUAUUAUCAGGCAAGAUCAAAAUUUAACAAAUUUUUAUAUACUUGAUCCAUAAAAAAAGAAAUCUAUUUUGUAAUGAAUUUGAUGGCUGUGUUAGUGAAUGUAUAUAAUACUUGUGACUAUUUGCUAAACUAUUCACUGUUAAGUUUGAAAAAAUGAUUUUGUUGCUAAUUGUUAUAGAAAUUAAUUUUCAUAAUACAUGUUUUGUAGCUGUGUUGGGAUGGCCCACAAACACUGUUGUUGCCUGACUUUUUUCAUAGCUGCGGACAGGUGCAAUUUCAGAAUUAAAAGUGAAAGUUGUAA